AUGUUUGUUCUAUUUUGCUUCUACUUCCACCCACCCAUUAUUCUCUCCCUCCCUGCUUGGCGCCCACGUUGCCUCUUCGAGAACGCCACCUUACUCAGCGCCGGCGUUUCCUCUUUCUCCCUCGCCUCGCCGUUCUCCAUUGCGCCGCACUCUCGCCCUUGCAUCACUCUCCUCAACCGUGCCUCAGUGGCGCGUCCUCCCUCAUGUCGUCCUCCACCACGCUGUCACGGCAUCGUCCAUCGUUCGCGUUGUCCCGUCGCCGUUGAAGCCCGCCGCCCCCCAACUGCCGCAGCAUCGUCGCGCCGUCCCUUCAUGGAAGCAAUGCUCGCCACCUUAUGCUACCUGAUGGCCUCCUCCCUGCUCGCCACCGCGCUUGCGACCCUACUCCCUCUAACGGACGCCCACCAACACGGUAGUUUUUUGGAAAUAGAUUAGUUCCAAGUUGUUGGGUCUUGUGACACAGACUUCUGUAUACCAUUGGUCAAUUGAAG